AUGAUUAAUUUACUACAAGGCGUAGAUUCGAUAGAAGACGGAGUAAUUUCGCUGCUACAGGAUAAUAGUUACUUUAAAUGGGCUGAUCCAUGCAUAAAUCCAGACCACCCAACCUUAGUUCACCACGUAAUACAACUAAAUGCAAAAUUAGCUUACCUUUCAACGCCGAUCGUUACAAUGAUGAUAGAAAAUCAAACGAUAUCUAGACUAUCCGAUUUCUUUCUCACAACUUCAUGGAGCAAAGAAGUUUUCUCAGAUUUAAUGGAUUUCUUUUCCAAUGUUUGUUCAGACUCUCCGGAGGCUAGAAUGCUAACAUACGGAAAAGGAGUCUUCGAUUCGCUAUGUAAUAUAUUAAUACAAACAAACGAAACAGAGACAUUAUUAUUAACUACGAUGUGCAUCAACAGCUUUUUCCCAGACGCUCAGCUGGUUGUUGAGGACCACAUAGCCGAUACAAUCCUAGUACCCGUACGCUCAUUAAUCGAAAGAUUCAUCGAUCAACAAACGACAGACAAAACGGCAGGCGAUAUUCUCUACUACGCGUUGAGCGCACUCAGUAAGUUCUGCACAACGCGCGAGAAUAUAAACAAUACCGUUAAAGUCGGUUUGGCCAACCAAAUUUUGAGCGUUGCAAAUGUGAUUGCUAGACCAGAUACACUGGAUAUAAUACUCGAAACAAUAUCAGUUAUACUUUCCGCGAAUGAUACCGCCAUUUUCGAGACAAUACAGUCAGAUAUUAACUUGGAAUUCCUGAUUAAGAAGGGAGGACGCGUAAUAUGCGAUAUACUGGUCAGCCUCUUCAUAGCUGAUGAGACGUUCGUGGUGCCGGCUUUAUCACUAGACGCAAUUCACAUGGCUUUGCCAAUUUUGGAAUAUGGACAGUACGAAGAGAAGCUUUCAGCAGCAUCGCUGAGGGCGAAUGGAACUGUAGUAGAGGAAUACUUCAUGGAUGAACACCUUAUUAGGGAAUUGUUGGAUUUCUGGAAGGAUGAGCAGAAACAACCAAUCGUGGCUGCUCUUGAUAAACUGAUGGACGUAGCAAAGCAGAAUAUCAACGUAGAUACAAAGUAUGAUAGAUUAAUCGGAUUAUUUAGAGAUUACGGCUUCAUAGCAGAGGAUUCUAAUGGAUCUGCCUAA